AUUCUACAUUUAUAAAAACCCUAUCACCCCCAUUUGGAUACACCCGACUUAAAGAUUUUUUAUUUAUUUUCAGUAUGGCUUCGCAACAACAAUUAAGCCAUGAAAAUGAUAAUUGGAAGAAGAGUCUCUCACUUCCCGAAAAGGACACAAGGCCGCAAACCGAGGAUGUCACUGCCACUAAAGGCAAUGAAUUCGAAGAUUAUUUUUUAAAGCGAGAGUUAUUGAUGGGCAUUUUUGAAGCUGGUUUUGAACGUCCUUCGCCCAUUCAAGAAGAAGCCAUUCCUAUUGCCUUGACCGGUCGAGAUAUUCUUGCCAGAGCUAAAAACGGUACAGGUAAAACCGCCGCUUUUGUGAUUCCCACCUUGGAAAAGAUCAACAACAAGAAAGCCAAAAUUCAAGCGCUUUUACUUGUCCCCACACGUGAAUUGGCACUUCAGACAGCUCAAGUGUGUAAGAACUUGGGAAAACAUUUAAAUAUUCAAGUCAUGGUUACAACAGGUGGUACCACUUUAAAGGACGAUAUCAUGCGUUUAAGUGAACCCGUUCAUGUUGUUGUAGGAACACCUGGUCGUAUCCUAGAUUUAGCUUCAAAGAACGUAGCUGAUUUUAGUGAAGCAUCAACUUUUGUCAUGGAUGAAGCCGAUAAAUUGUUAUCUCCAGAAUUCACCCCAAUCAUCGAUCAACUCAUUAGUUAUUUCCCUAAAGACAGACAAAUCAUGUUAUUCAGUGCUACUUUCCCCAUGAUCGUAAAGACCUUUAAAGAGAAAUAUCUCGUUAAGCCAUAUGAAAUCAAUUUGAUGGACGAAUUAACAUUACGUGGUGUGACUCAAUACUAUGCCUAUGUCGAAGAAAAGCAAAAGGUUCACUGCUUGAACACGCUCUUCUCAAAGCUUCAAAUCAACCAGUCCAUUAUCUUUUGUAACUCGACCAACCGAGUAGAAUUAUUAGCCAAAAAGAUUACAGAAUUGGGGUACUCUUGCUUUUAUUCGCAUGCAAAGAUGCUCCAGAGUCAUCGUAACCGCGUAUUCCAUGAUUUCCGAAACGGUGUUUGUCGUAACUUGGUUUGCUCUGAUUUAUUAACCCGUGGUAUCGAUAUUCAAGCGGUCAAUGUGGUUAUUAACUUUGAUUUCCCCAAGAACGCUGAGACAUAUUUGCAUCGUAUCGGUCGUUCUGGUCGUUUUGGUCAUUUGGGUUUAGCCAUUAAUUUAAUCACGUAUGAGGAUCGUUUUAACCUGUACAAGAUUGAGCGUGAAUUAGGCACAGAGAUUCAACCUAUCCCACCUGUCAUUGAUAAGAACCUUUACGUAGCACCCAAUGCACUUGAAGAUGCACAAGUUCAACAACCCAACCGUCAACUUGCUAUUGCUACACGUCAACAACAACAGCAACGUGAAGUUUUCCCUAACCAACAAAAUUAUAAUAAUAGCAGUAAUAAUCAUAAUAAUCAUAAUAACCAACAACAAUACCACCAACAACAACAGCAACAACAGCAACAACAACAACUACAACAACAGCAACAACAACAACAACAACAACAAUAUAGUAAUAAUGGUCAAUACCAACAAGGUCAAUAUCAACAAGGAGGAGGAGGAGGACAACAAUAUCAACAGGGUCAACCGACACGAGGAGGUUAUAAUGCUAGAGGCAAUGGACGUCGUAGUAAUAAUAUGGCACCAAGGGGUCAAUCUUCAAGACCAUAAUCAAUUAUUAUUAUACAUAUUUUUCUCAUUCUCUCCCACACACUCACACAACUCUUUCUCUCUCUUUUUUUCCCGCAAUUGUAAAUAAGUUUAGAAGAUCCCCGCUCUCUCCCACAAAUUGAUUUCUUUUUCAUUAUUUCCUCUCCCUCCUAAAUCUCAUUUUUUUUUUUUUUUAACCCGACAAACCUAGUUUCUGUAUUUAUUUAUUUUUUCAGCAACCAAACAAAAAGAAAUGCAUACACGAAAAUAACUCUACAAAAAACCCAAAAAAAAAAAACAAAAAAAAACAUAAAAAAAAAAACUCUUCAUCAAACAAAAAAAAAAUCGCAAU